GCGCAGCGCCUGCGAGCGGAGGGAGUCGGUGAAGCGCAGCGGCGGUAAUGAUGCACUGAGCUGAGCCUGCCUCCUCAUUCAUACUCUCAAAACAUCUCCAUUGUGAUUCAUUCUCCCACAGUCGUCCUAUUUUCAUUGUUGGAAAAAGAAGAUUUAAUGAAAGAGAAAGAAAAGAAGAAGAAGAAGCGAGCGGCAACGUUACGGCUGUUUUUAUUCGCAUCGCAUUCUGAAUGACGGGCGGACGGUUCGACUUCGACGAUGGAGGCACUUACUGUGGCGGAUGGGAGGACGGGAAAGCCCACGGACAAGGCAUCUGCACGGGACCCAAGGGUCAAGGCGAGUACGCCGGCUCCUGGUCCCACGGCUUUGAGAUAGUUGGGGUUUACACCUGGCCCAGUGGGAACACGUACCAUGGCUACUGGUCGCAGGGUAAACGACACGGGCUGGGUGUUGAGACCAAGGGGAAAUGGCUCUAUCGUGGGGAGUGGAGUCACGGGUUCAAGGGUCGCUAUGGAGUUCGGCAGAGCAUCAAUACACCUGCAAGAUACGAUGGGACGUGGAGUAAUGGACUACAGGAUGGGUACGGGGUCGAGACCUAUGGGGAUGGUGGCACUUAUCAAGGCCAGUGGAUGGGGGGCAUGAGACACGGCUAUGGUGUGCGCCAGAGUGUGCCUUAUGGAAUAGCCACAAUUAUUCGAUCUCCGCUCCGCACCUCCCUGACCUCCCUAAGAAGUGUGCAGAGCAAUGGCACCAUACUGCAGGAUGCCGUACCGGACACACCAGUUGGUAGCCGUGGUGGCUUUGUCUUGAAUUUUCAGAGUGACACCGAAGUCGUCACCGGCAAGAAAAAGGGCCUGUUCCGCCGCGGGUCAAUUUUUGGCAGCCUCCGACAGCUACGUAAAUCAGACUCCAAAACAUCAAUCUCAAGCAAGCGGAGUUCGGCGCGAAGCGACGCCACCAUGAGCCGCAUCAGCUCCAGCGAUGCCAACUCCACAAUCAGCUAUGGAGAUGGAGAGGCGCCUGAUGAAUGCAUACUUAUGGAGGACCAUGUGGACGCCACCACCACUGAGUCCUACAUGGGCGAGUGGAAGAAUGACAAACGCAAUGGGUUUGGGGUCAGUGAGCGAUCCAACGGGUUGAAGUAUGAAGGUGAAUGGAUGAAUAACAAGAGGCAUGGAUACGGAUGCACAAUAUUUCCAGAUGGAACCAAAGAGGAGGGAAAGUAUAAGAAUAACGUAUUGGUGCGUGGGAUAAGGAAGCAGCUUAUUCCACUUAAAAACCACAAAACUAAAGAGAAGGUGGACAGGGCUGUGGAGGGGGCUCGAAGGGCAGCAGCUGUCGCCAGAACUAAAGUGGAAAUAGCAGUUUCAAGGACAGCCCAUGCUAGAACUAAGAGUGAAGCUGCAGACCAGGCCGCACUUGCAGCCUGUCAGGAAUCGGACAUUGCCAGAGCUGUGGCCCGUGAAUUAUCUCCCAGCUUCCAUCAACCAGGACUCGACUAUAUCAAACAAAAGUUCAGUGAGCCGGUGGAGGAGAUCAAAGAGGAAGCACCGAAGGAGGAGGAGAAGAAGCCUUCUGGCAGUCCUUUUUAUCGCCGUGGCACCACUCCCACUCACUCCCCUGACCAGAUCCCAACCCCAUCACCCCCUCAAUCCCCUCAGAAGAGCCAGCCCACCAACCCCAGUGUCACCCGGAAGAUAAGCAAAGACAACAGCAGUAUAGCUCGAAAGAUAAACAAGGACGGUACUAGUGUAACACGCAAGAUAAGCAAAGAAGAGAGAGCUUCAAUUGUGGCUGAGAUCACCAAAGUAACCACCUCUCCUCCUGUACCAGCCAUUAAACUGCAGGAAGUGCCCCCUCCAAAGCCCCCCAAAGCACCUGAGCCCCUGCUUAAACCUGCGAGCACAGGUAACGGACAGCUACAUACUGCUUAUCACAGUUAUUAUGUGAAACCGGUGGCAAAGAUCCAACCACCAGAGGAACCAGAGGACGAAGAGCCUGAGAUGACACAAUCUAGCCUGGCUAGAAUGCCUCCACCACCUAAAAUGGUCAGGACACCCACUCCCAAACCAGAGCCCAAGAUCAGGAAACAAGAGUCUAUUAAACCAAAGAGUUUAGCAGAAACCAAGAAAGCCAGCUUAGAGAUUGCCAUUGAAAAAGUGGAGGAAGAAAAUUGUCCUAACUCAAUUUUGGUUGCCAUGGUGAUGCUUUUGAAUAUUGGAUUGGCGAUAAUUUUUGUCCAUUUCCUGACAUGAAAGAGUACCAACUCAGUGAUGUUGGUUGGCAACCCACACAGAUGUGUCAAUGACCUUUAUGAAACCCAGACGGCACCAGGCAGUGUCCAGCAUGGCAGAGGGAGCUAAAGAAUCAACAUAUGUGAGUUUGAAACACAGAGCGUAAUCCUUGCAAAUGACUUUGUCAAAUGUCACUCUGCUCUGGCAAAAGUUGAAAAGAGGAAAAUAUUUUGGGGGGGAAAUUACAGUUAAAAAUGGAAAACAGGAGAAGAGAAUGCUCUGUAAAGUCACUCAUAUCUGCUAAUGGAAAGCCUUAAUAUCUGAUAUGUGCAGCCACUCCAUAGGCCUCUGGCUUCUGGCAGAGACUUUACUGGAAAUGUUUGAUGAUGCAGUUUUACUUGAUGGGCAAGAACAGCUGCCUUACUCAUUUACCAUCUGACGUGUAACUGGGAGAUGCACAUACAGUGCCAGAGGAAUGCGUUCAUGGGACUUUGUCGCAGUGGGCAGGCGCUCUUGGCCAGAGGAAACCAAACGCGCCCACCAGUGUCACUAAUCCGUCUUACACCCUGUACUAACCCACCACAGUUUCUUCUAGCAUCUCCUGCAUUCUUCUCAGAAGCUCUUGAGUUGAUGCUCCCUGUACUGUACUCAUCACGUUUUUUUGUUUUGUUUUGUUUUUUUCGUGUACUGUUCUUUCUUUCAUUUAUGUUUGUUAAACUCAAUCACAAUUGUGUUUGAAUUAAACCUAGAUAUACCUGUCGCGAGUCCCACUUUUUUGUGAGUUUUGCUAUCAAGGUAUAGUUUUCAAAAAUGAAAAAAAUAUAUUAUUUAUUGAUAAUGUGCAAUAUGAUAAAACAAUUUGUGAGUAGAGAGUAAAAUUUUUCACCAAUCAGGAGCUUCGCAGUUCUUUCACAUUUUUUCUGAUAUUCAGUCCCCAGUUGUCACAUUAUAUGGGGUAAGUUGUCACAACAGACAAAUUUUCAAGGUAAAAAUAAUUAUUGAAACAUAAAUAGUUAUCAAAAAUAGAAUAAUAUUAAUUAUUUUAUAAAAUUAUUUAAUUUAAUAUUCUAACAGAAGUUGUGUUAAUAAAUUGCAAAAAUGACAAUAUAUUCACUACAUAUGACAACUUGCCCAAAGAAUGCAGUUGAACCUCUCAGUAUUCAAGACAAGGAAAAACAUAAGCAGAAUUCAAAUGGAAAUUGAAUUAAACAUUUUAGCAAGACAGACAUGAAUAAUGUAGGGGGAGAGGUGUUGACAGGUAUGGGGUAUGUGAUUCCCCACAUUUCAAUGAGCAAGCCCAACCAGAUUAUGGCAGAACCAAAAUCAAAAAGUCUUAUAAAGUGUGUUAUUUAUUGAAUUCUGGGAAUUGUUUGUCAUGUUAAUGUAAAUUACGCAUAUGCCAUUAUGCAUGCUAUGUUGUGGAAGAGUUCUUGUGCUUUAAAUGUCAGGUAUGACAUGUGACAGCAGAUGUUUUGAUGUGGAACUUAAUCAAAAAAUUUGAGAGCUUGCUUGCAUGUUUGUAACCUUGAAUUCUUGGGAUAUCAAAAGUCCGAAGGCAUUCAGGUAGUGCCACAGUUGGGGUGGUGCUAGAGGAAGUAGGAUGUUGCCUUUAAAAGUCUUUAACAGUACUACUGUUUACCUCAAAAGAAAUAAGUAAAAGGAAAACGACGAUGAAGAGAUGAAGUCUUUGUCUUAAAACUGUAGGAUGCAAAUUCUGACUGAUGGAAUCAUUGGGAAUUGACUUUAAAUGUGCCACUAUAUUGUAAGUGUGUUUUGUUUUGUUUUGAUUUGUUUUGUUAUAUCCUGAUCAUUUUACUUUAUUUGUUAUUCUGAUCAUAUGUGCAUUUUCCCUCUUCAGAAGGUUUAUUAAAGAUUUAUUUAUUAUAUAUAGAAAUAUAGAUAUUGUUUAUAGUGUUUGGUGAGUGUAAAGGGGCUUGGAAAACUACUUUUAAUUUUUGUUGCAUGGGGUCUUUAAAAUGCACUAAUGCCUGUUAAUAUUAAAUUCAAAACAACUGUUCUGAGGGAAAAUAUUCAGGGGCAUAAAACUUACUCUUACUAAUGUUUUAUUUAAAUUCUUUGCAACAGUGGACAUUUGGCAGCGUCAGGCAUAUUGUUCAGGCAUUGUGUUUUCGUAGAAAGAGACUCAAAAACUCUGAUUCAAGGGUUUGUUAAUGCAUUUCCCUAUAUUUUAUGAAUAUUGGGCAUUGAUCAAAACAUUUUGCAGUGCAAUGUGUAUGGGCCCUUUUAUAUAUUUUCUAAAUGAGAGUUUUAAGCUCUUAUGAUAACAGGGCAGAGUAAGGAAUUAUUUUUCUAAAAACAAAUGUUGCACAAACAAAACAAAAAAAAAGAUUUAUAUACUAUUAAAGGUUUAUUCUAUUUAUAAGCAUUUUUACAGAGCACAGCCAUUACAAUAAUGAAUUCUAUGAUAUUUUUCUAUAGAAGUGCACAACUGUAUUUUGUCAAAAGUAGUAUAACUCUUUCAAGCCAUGUAUCGUACAUGACAUUAAACCUAUAUUUGAUUCAACAUCAUUUUUUAAUGUUGAGAAUCAACAAGAUGCAGGAAUUCUUCUUUGAACCAUUCUGUUACAUUAGAUAUUAUGAGCCCAUAUAGCCCCACGUGUUUCUGUAAUUUGAAAAGUUAUUUAUCUGUAUAAUAAAAAUUGUUAUGCCUUGUAAGUCUGGUCUCUUUAUCCCG